GGCCAGGCCAGUCAAUUCCUUCUCCCACUGGAAAGGUUUUAUGCUCGAUUGACUUGCUUGCUGGACUGUACCCAAAGUGUGACGCGUAUCCCCGUCCCGCCGCUCGCAUGAUGAGCAUCGGCCUCCAUUUUUGUGGUGAAUUCCAAAGCUUCAAUUUCCUCUGAGGGCGUCGCGUCCUCGCAUCAAAUGAUAAGGAGAUGAGGCCAAAAUCAGCCCCAAUCAAAUCCCUUUCCCUGAGCCGCAUUACGGCAAGACCACUGUCGUCCACACCUGCCUGUCGGUGUCCGCCUUCCUGCCUUGCUCUUACUCGGAGGUAUCGUCAUUCAAAGUUCCUCAGCCUUGACCCCUCCAUCACAGUCUUUUCCCUGCCCCGCUACGCUUCUUCUUCCUCUUCCCCUUCAAACCCCACCACCACUCUAGAGUCUCCCACAUCACUCGAAAUGGCGCCCAAGAAUAAAUUCGAGCUCAAGACCCCCAAGGGUACAAAGGACUGGGAGGGAAAGGAUAUGGUUAUCCGUGACCACAUCUUCAACACCAUCACCCAAGUCUUCAAGCGCCACGGAGGAGUCACGAUCGAUACCCCCGUCUUUGAGCUCCGAGAGAUUCUCGCUGGAAAAUAUGGAGAGGACAGCAAGCUCAUCUACGACCUUGCUGAUCAAGGUGGUGAGAUCUGCUCUCUGCGAUAUGACUUGACAGUCCCCUUUGCCCGCUUCCUCGCCAUGAACAAGCAAAUUCAAAACAUCAAGAGAUAUCACAUCGCCAAGGUCUACCGCCGAGACCAACCUGCCAUGACCAAAGGUCGCAUGCGAGAAUUCUACCAGUGCGAUUUCGAUAUUGCCGGCACCUACGACCCCAUGCUGCCCGACGCCGAAGUCAUCCGCAUUAUUACAGAAGUCUUUGAGGGACUUGGUUGGAACGGUGGAUACACGAUCAAGCUGAAUCACCGAAAGAUUCUUGACGGUAUUUUCCAAGUCUGUGGAGUGCCUGAAGACAAGAUCCGCACCAUUUCCUCGGCCGUCGACAAGCUCGACAAGCUGCCUUGGGCUGAUGUGCGAAAGGAGAUGACCGAAGAAAAGGGACUUGAUGGUGAGGUCGCUGACCGAAUCGGAGAGUGGGUUGUUCUCAAGGGCAAGCAGGAUCUACUGCAGAAGCUUCAGAGCACAGAGAGCUUGGCCGCGAACGAAUCCAUGAAGAAGGGAAUGGAAGAUCUUGCUCUGCUGUUCGAGUACCUAGAGGCCUUCGGCUGCCUGGAUCGAGUUUCUUUCGACCUCAGCUUGGCUCGAGGCCUCGAUUAUUACACCGGACUUAUCUACGAGGUUGUCACCCAAGGCUCUGCUCCUGAGGUCACACCUGGGCAGGAGAAUGCUGAGUCUAAGCCUUCCAAGAAGAAGGGCAAGAAGGGUUCUGAGGAUGACGACCGUUCCGAUGACCCCACAGUCGGCGUAGGAAGUGUGGCUGCCGGUGGCCGGUACGACAACCUUGUUGGCAUGUUCUCUGGCAAGAGCCAAAUCCCCUGUGUCGGUAUCUCCUUUGGCGUUGACAGGAUCUUCUCUAUCACCAAGGCCAAGAUGGCCGCUGAGAAGAAUGCUGCUGUCCGUAACAAUGAUGUCGAUGUUUAUGUCAUGGCCUUUGGACAGGGAUAUUUGAAAGAACGCAUGUCAGUGUGUGCCAAGCUGUGGGAGUCUGGAAUCAAGGCAGAGUUCCUUUACAAAGUCAAGCCUAAGCUGCCCGCACAAUUCAAGGCCGCCGAGGCGAACGGUGUGCCAUUUGCUAUCUUCCUCGGCGAAGAUGAAGUCAAGUCAGGCAAGGUCAAGAUUAAGGAGAUGGGACUCCAAGAAGGUCAUCCCGAGAAGGAGGGUAUUCUUGUCAGUAUGUCCGACAUGGCUAAGGAGAUCAAGGUUCGGCUUCAACGCAAGCGAGAGCUUGACGAGAUGACCAGGCAAGCCGAGGGCCUGAGGGUUGUCCAUGGUAUCAAGGGCGAUGAGGUAAAGGAUGCGGAGAAAAAGGUUGAGGAUGCCAAGCCUGAAACCACACCAGCAGCAGUCGAAGCGACUCCAGGAACGGAAGAGCCAGCUCCCAGUAAUCCGACAGCAUAAGUUCUUUGUGACGAACCUCAAUAAAACAGUUAAAACGAUGGCCGUGGCGUUAAGUCUUAAUAGAGAGGACGAUCAUUGCACGAAGUCACUGUUCGCAUGAAUGGAUGAUUUCACUUAUUGUCAAUCAUGGGUAACAAAGUUGAGGAAACACGUUGUUCCGUGAAGCCAAUCGUAGUCGCCUGUUUUUCUGUUUCGCCUUUGCCUAGCGCAGCCACGUUUGUUCCUCUCUACAACAAAAC